GUGGCCCUGCUGCUGCCGGGGGUCCCGGGGCGGGUCCGGCCGCUCCCCUGGGAAGGCUGUGUGAAGCUGUCCCUGGGCAGCCGGGCAGCAUGACUCUGGGGGGCUUCAAGGGCUCCCGGCUGGCCUUCCACGUGGGCAUCAUGACCGGCUUCAUCAGCACCUUCUACCUGCUCCAUGGCCUGCUCUGGCCACGGCCCCCGGGCCCCGAGAACCAGACGGCCCACCCUGACGUCUGGGUCAUCCAGCACCCAGCACUCCUCAGCGCUGGCCACCCGCACCUCUCAGGGGAGAUCAGCGUGACUGCGGCCGAGCUGUACAGCAAGGUGCGCAUCCUGUGCUGGGUCAUGACGGGCCCCAGCAACCUGGAGACUAAGGCCCGACACGUCCAGGCCACGUGGACACGGCACUGCAACGUGGUGCUGUUCAUGAGCUCGGUGCGGGACGAAGGCUUCCCCACCGUGGGGCUGGACACCAAGGAAGGCCGGGACCAGCUGUACUGGAAAACCAUCCGGGCCUUCCAGUACGUCCACCAGCACCACCUGGAGCAGGCCGACUGGUUCCUCAAGGCGGACGACGACACCUUCGUGGUGCUGGACAACCUGCGCUGGCUGCUGGCCAACCACACGCCUGAGGAGCCUGUCUACUUCGGGAAGCGCUUCAAGCCCUACGCCAAGCAGGGCUUCAUGAGCGGCGGGGCUGGCUACGUCCUCAGCAAGGAGGCCCUGAGGCGCUUCGUGGAGGGCUUCAGGACCCAGGUGUGCACCCACACCACCUCGCUGGAGGACGUGGCGCUGGGCCAGUGCAUGGAGAAGAUGGGGGUGCAGGCGGGGGACUCCCGGGACGCUGCUCGGCGAGAGACUUUCCACCCCUUUGGGCCCGAAUCCCACCUCACCGGGAAGUUCUCCAAGAGCUUCUGGUACUGGAAGUACUGCUACUAUCCCAUCGUGGAGGGCCCCCAGUGCUGCUCCGACCUGGCCAUCUCCUUCCACUACGUGAGCCCCGAGCUUAUGUACACACUGGAGUUCCUGACCUACCACCUGCGUGCCUAUGGCUACCGCUACCGCUACCAGCCGCCCCUGCCGGAGAACGCCGCUCGCCUGCUGCAGCGCCAGGCCCAGCCGAAGGCGGCCAACGCUACGCUGCUGGUGCAGGGCACCAAGAUAUUGUAGUGGGGCUGGGAGGAGGCGGUCGUUCUGGGAUCGGGCUCUGUGCCUGAUGUGGUGCUGGCACCCUGGGCGAGCCGUGG